CGGGAGCUCUGCCUGCGCCGCGCCGGCGAGCCUGCCCUGGCACGUGUCCCCUCUGCAGAUUACGAUUCGAAGCAGAAAAGGAAAGAAGCUGAAAUCCAGCAGGCGCUGAGCAGCGACCCCAUCGACGUGGCCACCCUCCGGCGCAUGGCCAUCAGCGAGGGGGGGCUCCUGACCAACGAGAUUCGCUGCCAGGUGUGGCCCAAGCUGCUCAACGUGAACACGGACGACCUGCCGCCGCCUCCAGGAAAGGAGCUGCGAGAGGACAACAAAGACUACCAGCAGGUGCUCCUGGACGUCCGGCGAUCCCUGCGUCGCUUCCCCCCUGGGAUGCCCGACGAGCAGCGGGAGGGGCUGCAGGAGGAGCUGAUUGACAUCAUCCUGCACGUCCUGAAGCGCAACCCGCAGCUGCACUACUACCAAGGCUACCACGACAUCGUGGUCACCUUCCUACUGGUUGUGGGCGACAGGCUGGCGACUGCCUUGGUGGAGAAGCUGUCGACCCAUCAUCUCAGGGAUUUUAUGGACCCGACGAUGGACAACACCAAGCACAUUCUGAAUUACCUGAUGCCCAUAAUAGACCAAGUGAACCCUGAAGUCCAUGACUUCAUGCAGAGCGCUGAAGUGGGGACCAUCUUUGCGCUCAGCUGGCUGAUCACGUGGUUCGGGCACGUCCUGUCUGACAUGCGGCAUGUGGUGCGAUUAUACGACUUCUUCCUGGCCUGCCACCCGCUGAUGCCCAUUUACUUUGCUGCUGUGAUCGUGCUGCACCGGGAGCAGGAAGUACUGGACUGCGAGUGCGACAUGGCCUCCGUGCACCACCUCCUAUCGCAGAUCCCGCAGGACCUGCCCUACGAGACCCUCAUUAGCCAGGCGGGCGACCUCUUUGUGCAGUUCCCACCCUCGGAGCUCGCCCGGGAGGCGCGGCAGCACGCCGAGCGGACGGCCGCUUCCACCUUCAAGGACUUUGAGCUGGCGUCAGCCCAGCAGCGACCGGACAUGGUGCUACGACAGCGUUUCCGGGAGAGGCUCCGAGGGGAGGAGCGGACAAAGUCAGUCUUGACCAAACCAAGGACCAACCGCUUUGUCAAGCUGGCGGUGAUGGGGCUGACGGUGGCCCUGGGCGCCGCGGCACUGGCCGUGGUGAAGAGUGCCCUGGAGUGGGCCCCCAAGUUCGAACUGCAGCUCUUCCCCUGAGCACGGCAGCAAGGGGCCGUCUCUGCACAUGGCUCCCCUCCAGGACCGUGUCCAAGGGGUCUGGCUCAAAGCUCUGCCUAGGAGCGCGACACAGAGCACUGUCGCCUCCUUCUCCCCACGUGGGCUUGGAGCCCCUGCUCUCGUGUCUGGGCGUUGGAAGCUGACACGUCCUGGCGUGGUCAUACCCGUGCUGGGUUGCUCGGUGCAGGGGCCAGUUGGAGAGCUUCUGGUAGUCGAAACAGAGAUAAUGACCCACCCCGGGUCAGCAGGUAGAGGGGCAGUCAGGGUUGGGCAGGGGAGGUGGGAGCCUGGUGAGCAUGGCACCGUGCUGGUCCUGGUAAUCUCCGACACCGCCCCUGCCUGGGGCUUGCUGAGUGGGCGCCUUGUUAGAGCAGCACCCUCUUCAAUCCCUGUUGGAGGACUCUCCUCCCUGCCCUCCCCCCCGACGCUGCUUGGUCUCCUGCAGACUAAUGUUUCUGUCUUUGGCGUUAACCCUGAAACUGGUGCCAGCACAUGCCCCCCUGCCCUCCUCCCCUCCAGGUCCCCCUACCCCCUUUGCAGCAGGUCCCUGCUCUCACGCUCCCAGAAUUUCACCUGACCCAAGUGAAGCCAAUAGACACUACACGCCUCUACCUCUGCCUGCCCCUCUGCUGCUAAGCCUCCCGUAAGUGCCCUUACCCCAUCCCUGCCUCGCCUGUGGUUGUCCCCUCCCGUCCCCAGGAGCCACGCUCUGUCCCAUGGGAGCCCCAGUCCUGGAGAAGAGCAGCAAGCUGGGCCUGGCAGCAAGGCGCUGUGCCCCUGCCUGUGUCCAGCAUCAUGAGCGCUCUGAGCAGCGAGGCUGUCCCUGCUGCAGCACCCGCUCUGCAGGGUCUCGGACUCCCAGGGGUGCCCUGAGCUCUGCCCCAGCGCUCGCCGGGCGCGUUGGCUCCCAGUGACGGCUGCUUCUGCAGCCAGGGCAUCCGCUGGCUCCUCCCGGCUCUUCUCCCAGCACAUCCUCAUGUCUGCUGCAUGGUGACACGAUGGCGCCAGUCCCUCGGUGUGGGAGGAGGCUGGCACCGACACCACAGUAAGUGGCGGGCAGCGUGAAGAGCUGUUAACGAAGCACUUUAAAAGCCCCAGAAGAGGAGGGCGUUUUCCUACGGCCACUGGCUAACUGCAGGCUCAGGAGAUGGCCCUUACCCCAUUACCUGCAGCACCAAGCCCUUGUGUAGCUUGGGGUGAUGUGCAAGGUGCCUCAAAGGCGGUGGAGGGAGCAGGGGGUCGUCCCACGGUGGCGCAGCUCAAAGCGCCACCCUCCCACCCCUCCUGCAGCGCUGUGGCUAUGGCUGCGGGCAGAGACAGCCGGGCUGGGCUUCCCUCUCCCGGCAUCGUCUUUCCGAGCAGCGCUCCCCACCCGCGCUGGGGCCUGCUCGUCCCCCUGCCAGGCUCUGAAGGGUGGGUCUGCACACAUCGAGGUCCCGGCCUCCUGGCCCGUAGGAAAACGUUCUCCUCCGGGGGCUAGCGACUGUAUAGACUUGUACAUAUGCGUGCACACCAAGAUCGUACAGGCUUGUUGCCGUGUAAAAUAAACAGUGCCCGGUUACUAA